AUGGCUGAUGGAGGCAUUCAACGUGGAUUGUUCGGCCGAGCAGAGAGCCCAUACGAUCCAAAAUAUUCCACCACGGCGUAUGCAUCUGGAUCCUCCAAUGGCUGUGGAACGUCAACUGCUUGCAGCUUUGCCUCGUUUGGAUUCGCCGGCGAAACCGUCACAUCCGGCCGCUCCUCCGCUUCCAACAAUGGACUUGUGGGAUACUCACCGUCACGCUCAGUAACUCCAGCCCGAGGACAAUGGCCAUUGUAUCCGACCUGCGAUGUCAUUGUACCUAAUACCCGAUCUGUUGAGGAUAUGCUGGCAGUUUUGAACAUCAUUGUCGCAGAGGAUGACGCAGACCGCGGGUCGGAUUAUUGGAGAAAUCAGAAGCACGUCGCCAUCCCCAAUGUCUCUGAAGUUAGGCCGGCCGAUUACUUAAGCUUGAAGGAGACAUCGGCACUAUACGGCAAAAGAAUUGCCGUCCCUAGAUGUAUGAUUGACAUUCCUAGGGCCAAACCUACCACCGUCUGCAGUUAGUCAGUUCAGGCACUUUGGGAUGUUGCAAGACGCGACUUGGAGGCUGCUGGUGCGACAGUGGUUGAGACAGAUUUCCCUCCCCUCGAGCAAUACACGAAGCAGGACUUCCCUGGCCAGAACUACAAUGUGCUAGGAAUGCUAUCUUCGUGCUAA